AUGGCGGCGUCCCAACACGUACCGACCGCAAUCUGGAAUGGCACGAUGAAGCAGCCGAUACGGGCGACCUUUGUUGACCGCAGCGAACCCUCAAACGCGACCAAGGAUACCCGCAAGCCGACGACCAGCGACAAAGAGUCUGCCGGCACCGUCACCCGACUUCGCCAUCUCCCCGCUGCGUUCCACAACCUUCCCCGGCGGUUCGAGAAGGAGAUUCUGCCACUUCUCGACUGGAACGGUUCGCAGGCGUUCAGCGAUGCGGACGGGGACAACGGCCGCGGCGAAGUGCAUGGUGUGAAUGAGCGGGACGCGGAGGAGUUUGUCUCGGUUCACGUCCUGCGGCGGCCGCAGUUCUACACGCAAGGCGUCUUUGGCGAAGGCGUACAGCGCGGCGCGCAGGCGGACAGACCGCAGCAGGGCCCCGCCGACCUCGCCCUCUCCCGCUUCUCCCAGCCAACCGUCGAGAUCUUCCUCGAGGUCAAGCUGGAAGGUGUGCUCACGGACGCCAUCGAUCGACGAAGCGCCGAUAUCGCUGCUCUCGAUCCGCACUUCCGCUCGGCGUGCAACCUACCCCCAGAUUGGAAAACGGCGAACGUCGGCAAAGCCAGGGCGGAGAAGGACUUGCUCGACCUCGCCAAGGCUCAGCUGCUCGCACCGCCCAACGAGCGCCCCUCCGCCAGCCGAUCCGUACCAACAAGGCUUCGCAAACCUUCACCGCGCCUUGUCGCCUCUCGCGAAUCCGCAACGCUGUACGAGACGAGCGCGGCGAUGGAGAAAGUGCUCGAUCGACUGGCCAAUCUCGACCUCCAGAAGUCGAGUCGCACGCAACCAGACCCGUCGCAGUGGGAAAGGUGGGGUUGGCACCAGGAAGGAGAGGAGCCGGCGACGUGGUAUGACCUGGACGAGGAGGAGCAGCACGUCCUGCUCAUAUACCAGCAGCUCAACAACGAACUUGGUGCUACCCGGCGCCGCAAACCGCCCGUCCCGUUCCAGCCGCUUAUCCUCUGCUCCCCCGCCAAGUAUAUCCCGAAGAUCCUCAUCGACUCGACCCUCAUCCGCGGCAACGCCAUCCACGACCUCGCCGCCGCAUCUCGCCUUGUCUCCAUCCUCCAAAUCAUCCUCGACCGCUCGCUUCGCAGGAAGGAGCUGCCGUCAAUCGAUGCUGAGAGGGCGUCAGGCGGCGAGGUGCUCGAUUGGCUGAUGGAGUUGGGCCGCGGCGCGGUCGGGGGUGAGCGAGGUGGUCAGGGAGUCUCGACGUCGGCAGCAUCCGCAACCUCGUCCGACACGGGCAUGUCGACUCCGCAUGCGCAGGAUAGCCUCUCGCCCGAGACGACUCACGAGUCGCGCUCCGCCGUCGAAGGCUACUUCGCCUCACCCGCCUCGUCGAUCGCUUCACUCGAUUCCGCCUCCGCCGCUUCUUCGCGUCGGUCUCUCUCGUCUUCAGGAAACUCCUCCGACUCGCUCACCGCAUCCACCCGCUCCCUCUUCUCGAUUGCCGACACCACCUCCUCCGUCGCCACAGACACCUCUCCGUUUUCAAGCGAAACAUCCGAGAAUUCUGCCCGAAGGCUCAGUCGCGACAUUGGCGACUUGAGGCUCGCCAUCCGCGAAACUCAAUACGUCGUGUUGAGGACGAGCGCUCCUGACGUCCCGAAGAUCGAUCAUGUCUACCACCGUCGGUUCUCCCCAACCGAGGUCGACAUCGAGGCCUUGGAACGUGCUCCGACCAUCCGGCUCGUCGAGGUACUCGGAUCCGGCGGCACAGGCUCUGUCUGCAAGGAUGAGACGGGAAAACUCGCCGUCAAGCUUGUCCUUCCCUACCGCGGGGAAGAUCCCGCGUCGUCGCUUGAGCGAGUCCACGAGGCGUUGAACGAGGCGGAAUUUCUCCAAUCGCACCGUGGUCGCAUGCCAUUGUGUGCACCCUCUUUCCACGGCUUGUUCUCGACGGUCGACUCGGAGGACAGGCUUUACUUGGCGCUCGUCUUUGACCUGGUCGAAGGUCUCACGCUCGAUGAGUGGUCAGACGUGCAGGACCAUCGCCAAGCCUGUCUCGAAGCGGUCGACACUCUUCACAAGGCGCGGAUCUCACACGGCGACUUGCGACCGCCCAACUUCAUCAUGCAGACGAACGGGACCGCCAAGAUUGUCGACUACGCCCGCGCUCACGGCAACGCUUCGCCGGACGAACUAGACGCCGAACGCGAGCGAUUCCUCGCCGACAUCGACCUCGCCCCUUCCGAGACCGGCUAA